AUGGAUCACGACGAGCCCGUUUGGAAUGCCGAGGCUCACAAUCCUUUGCGGAGCAAGGGGCUUCGAGGUCUCGAUCCUGUCUCUCCGCCUACACUCGUAGAUUUUACUCUGUGUACGACGGCUGCUAUCAUCAAGGAGUAUCUCACGGUGUCCGGUGUGGAUAAGCGCAUCGACUUUUGCAUGUACAUUGAUGCUUCUGCGGAUGCGGCCGCGCCGCAUCCCCCCGCCGCCAUCGACGACCUUCGGACCUCGCUACCACAAAGCAGCAUUAAUCACAAUCGUGCAUCGCUCUCGGCGCCUACCCCCUAG